AUGAUUCCAGGAGAUGUCAUUGACACCUUCAAUUGGUGGGGCUAUGACCAACCCUAUUUUUGUAAGGCUAGACGUCUCAUAUACUCAGCUACGUCAAUGGCGUCAGCCCUGCUUCUACUGUGUCUAGCGGUAGCUAGGUAAUUAAUGUUAGAUCGUGUCUUAAUUUGCAAUAAUUUUUUUAAACCGUGGCUAACAUUUAGCUUGCCUGGCCAUGUUAGUUUUAGCAUGUUUUGCAAUGAUAGUUUUCUCUUGAUUAGUUCUGUUCGUGUCCGGUAACAUCUUUCCAAUGCCACAAUGAGAAAGUUAUACAAUUUUAUUUUAGCGUUAGAGACAAAUUUUAAAUCUUCAAAACACUCUUCAAUAUGAUAAAGUUUUCUUCUCCUGUGACAUGACGUGUUGUUGUUGUAUUUUUUUUUUUGGAUCCAGGUACAGAAAAGUGUGUCGGCCUUUUUCAAGACAGGUGAACAUGUCUCACGUUAAGAUCAGCAUGACAUUCGUCAUCGUUUUACCUAUAGUUGGCUCCGUCCCGUAUGCUCUCCUUCAUGGGAGACAGAGUAGGAUGACCCCUCAUCCCGGUGUCUACGGUUACUUCUGUUCGGUUGACGACAGCUACGUCCAGACGAAAUGGCCGAUGAUUCAC